CCGAUAUUUUGGAGACGGACAUACAGAGGGUGUUCAUAUUGAUAUGAUACAGUUGGGGUUGGUAUGUUAUCUGAUAUAGCUGUCUAAGUGAGCCAUGACAGGUGUAGUGGAAAGUUUGAAGGCGGCUCCCCUGCUGAAACGGAUCAUCUUUAUUCUGGUUCUUGUGACUCAGUUUUUUAACUGGUUGUCUUUUACCACCCCUGCUUGGGCCCGACGCUUCACGACACUGUCCGGGAACGGCGAUGACCACAUCGGCUACGGCUUGUGGAGAAGCUGUUCAAACGUGGGAACAGCAGUCAAUCCGAUCCCAAAUUGCUUUCCAUUAGAUGGCGCCAAUCUGGCCCACUAUGGCACAGUUCAAGCGUUUGCUACUAUCGGGUUCAUGGGAGUCAACAUCCUCUUUCUUGUUACUGUGCUACAGAUGUUCACGUCGUUCUGUAAAAAGGUCACUGACAUCAACGAGGUGAACGCCGUCCAAGCCAUCGUCACAGGAAUAAUAUACUUUAUCGGUCUCAUCAUCUAUGGUGCUGUGUACGGCAGUGGCGAGAGGCUGACGUAUACCAUAGGCAACCAGUCCAGAAAAGGAGACCUGAGUUAUUCCUACGUCUUCGCCUUUUUCACAAUGAUCCUGCAGAUUGUGUUGGGAGUCUUGUUGCUCCUAACAGGAGGCAAACUGUGCAAAGUGCCAGCUCUGCUGAUAAAAGAGGAUGAGAAACCGAAAAAGAAAUCAAAGAAGAGGAAAGGAAAUAGUACAGCCCCUUCCUCAACUCAACCCGAGACAAAAGGCGAAGGUUCACCCGCCUGAUCUGAAUUGAAUUCGUCUUGACACUCUGACUCCAACCGCUCAACACUCGUGACUCCAACCCUGAUCCCUAUUACUCUAACCGCCUGAACACAUGUGACUCCAACCAUGACCCUGUUACUCUAACCGCCUGAACACAUGUGACUCCAACCAUGACCCUGUUACUCUAACCGCCUGGAUAUCAGUGACUCCAACCAUGACCCUGUUACUCUAACCGCCUGGACAUCAGUGACUCCAACCAUGACCCUGUUACUCUAACCGCCUGGACAUCAGUGACUCCAACCAUGACCCUGUUACUCUAACCGCCUGGACAUCAGUGACUCCAACCAUGACCCCUGUUACUCUAACCGCCUGAACACAUGUGACUCAAACCUCCUCGGCGUUGCUGACUAAAACCUCAACAAAAAUGGAUUCAGACGCAUAGAGAAUAGUGUCCCCUACAUCUUCCUCGAUUCCUUUGACUUUAACCGCCUAGUGACGCCGGACUUCUCGCAAAAGUGACUCCAACCACCUGGAGUUUAUUGACUCCAAUGCCCCUGACAUAGUUUUGGUCCUCCGUCGGGAGUGCAUACACGUAUUCUGUUGCAUGUUUUGUCUCCCAGAGUAAGGACUAAACUGAAGGUCAUACGAGACUUGCAUAGAAACGUUAUUUCUGUGCUGUGUGAUGUGCUUACUGCUGUGCGGCGCCAGGCAACAAAGAAACACCUACUUUUCUGUGCACAUUUGUGAGUGGCGGCAGGGCAGUACCCUUUUCGCAAACACCAGGGCCCACUUGUACAAAGCGAUCUUAGCGCUAAGAUGAUCGUAACUCCCAUACUUUUACAUAGGCUUACAAUAGUCGUAGCGAUAAGAUCGCUUUGUUCAAGUGGGCCCUGGUGUCAUCACUGAUUGUCAGUGAUCUGUUCAUAUUGUCGCUAUUUUGGCUUAAGGGAUCUGUUUGGGCGGAUAAUCAAGACUUGACUUGACUUUUAAUAUCCAUACUGUUUGUGGAUGAGAUAUAGAAUACACGUAUAUAAUAUGUCUGAAAUAAAUUGAAUAUACUCGUCUAUUUUUUUGCAGAAUGAUAUCUAUAAGACUGCAUUAUCUUCAGGGCCUGUGAAUCGUUGUCUGGUUUAAGCCACAGUCUAACUAGCAGCCUUUGUUUAGUCGAGGAACACCAUGACAUGGAAUUCAAUAUUUAUGAAUCUGUAUUGUAACACGCCUCGUUUCAUCUUGAUUCUACAUGAAUCACAAACGUAAAAGUGUUGAAAUAUCUCUGCAGCUUUUCUUUCGUAGGAGGGAGCACGGGUGCCUCGGUAGCAUGAACUUGCGCCGCAAUACGCUGUCCAGAUAGUCCGCCCCCCAGUACACCAGUAUAACAUGAUAAUAAACAAUCAUCAUAGUUGACCCCUAACAACAGUCCGGGAAAUCUAUCACAGGCAGACAUAGCUCACUUGUUAAAGAUAAAGGGUGCCGUUACAGUAGUUAAUAAUGUUGGCUAACAAACAGGUAGGAUAAUCAUAUCUUCACUGCAUAAGGAGGACAGCCACUCCCGUCGAUCAUCCGUUUCUCAUCGAAGAACAAUUAUUAUACAUGGUUUGUUAAACACAUUAUUUGAUGUUGAUGUUUUGAUCAUCUAAUAUAAAAUUAUUGUGUGUUAUUAUUUUCUAAUAUAUAUGUAGGUGUGUCAGACAGUUUAAUCCCUGGAAUCCCGUGAAAAGAUAUGAAUAGUUGCAUUUAAUGUACUCAUAUUGCACUAUAACUUCAGCCUUUCAGGAAAUGUAUUGGUAUGUAGGCUCUCAUCACCGGAUCACUCAAAUUACAUCUAGCUAUAGGGUAACACAGACAACACGCGGUGUAAAUGUAAACACUUAAAUAAAAUUGUUUUAUUACGAUUGGAAUGUGAAUAGCCCAUUCAAGGCUGUCUGGAUAAUAUGAAGCCUCAUCGGAGCAUAGAAUAAUAAAUAUUUAGCCUCUGUUGAA